CCAUGCAACUUUUUCUUCACACAUUCAGCUUCCAUCAACGAACGUCAAGUCAACGCCAACCCGUCGCCCAACAGUCACAAUGGCCCCCCAGAAGAAGAGCAAGAAGGAUGCCAACAGCAUCAACUCCAAGUUGGCGCUUGUUAUGAAGUCCGGAAAGGUCACUCUUGGCUACAAGUCUACCCUCAAGAGUCUCCGAUCCGGCAAGGCCAAGCUCAUCAUCAUUGCUGGCAACACUCCUCCUCUCCGCAAGUCUGAGCUCGAGUACUACAGCAUGCUGUCCAAGGCCCCCAUCCACCACUUCUCUGGAAACAACGUAAGUCCCAAAUCGCUAUGUCUCUUUACAAAUACCAUCAUGCUGCGGGAAACUGCAACAUGAUCCUUCUCGGAAAUGUUGGCUUGCUUGACAACAUUUCUUUGGUCCCAAGAAUUUGAGUUCUUGUGGCCUACCCAGAGAAGAAGUCAUCCGACUUUGGAGGGUUCAUAGGCUUACAUGUCCACCUAUAGAUUGAGCUCGGUACCGCCUGCGGUAAGCUCUUCCGUUGCUCCACCAUGGCCAUCCUCGACGCUGGUGACUCCGACAUUCUUAGCGACCAGCAGGCUUAAAUGUCUUGGCUGAUAGAGAAUGCAUUUUAUGGCGUUUGGGGUAAAAUGGGUCUAGGGCAUUUGAAGAUAUACCAAUCUGAGUAAUGAAAAAGCGAAAACUCUUGUUGAGAACAUGCGAUGCAAGAAAGCUGGCAGUUCUCCCCUUGACCUAUGUGUCUUGGGCUUCGUUGGACUGGUAUCGAUUACCAGUUCAAGCCAAUAAAAAAUAAAGCUCAUGCAUUGUUCCCCGCCAAUAUCUGUCUUGUCCCUGUGAUAGUAACAUUAGUCGUCAUGCAAAUGGAUCUGUUAAUGCCGCGUUCAGCGUUGC